AUGAGAUUCGCUAUGUCGCUCCUGUCCCCUUUCCCCUUGUCUGUGGUUGCAUGCCCUGCUCUAAAUUAUCGGAUUUACUCGACGCAGACGUUUGAUCAUGGGCGGCCAUUCGUCAAUCCGUCGCUGUAUACCGAUCUAGCCGACUUGAUGGUCAUUCGCGUCAACGAUACCUUCUAUUACUCUUCAUCCACUAUGCACUACUCUCCUGGCGCACCCAUCCUGCGAUCGUACGAUCUCGUCAACUGGGAAUUCAUUGGCCACUCCGUACCCACCUUGAGCUUUGGUGACAAUGAUUCUUACAAUCUUGUGAACGGAAAGCGUGCAUACGUCCGGGGCAUCUGGGCAUCCUUCUUUAACUACCGAGCCAGCACCAACACAUGGUUCUGGGGUGGUUGCGUCGACUUCGACAAGACUUAUAUCUAUACCGCUUCUUCGUCAACGGGGCCAUGGACACAACGCGGCAUCAUCAACAAAUGCUAUUAUGAUUCCUCCCUGCUCGUGGAUGACGAUGGAUCUCUGUACGUUGCUUACGGGAGCUCUACCAUCAGCGUGGCGAAACUAUCUGCGGAUGGCCUUAGUGAGGUCUCAAGUCAAGUAGUGUAUACUACAGACCUUUACAUCGAAGGCUCUCGCUUCUAUAAAGUGAACGGCAGGUAUUAUAUAUUCGUCACUCAUCCUGCGGCAGAGGAGCACGUCUUGAUGUCAACUGGUGGACCAAUGGCGCAAUAUACUAUAAAACCGCUCGCCUUGAGUGUGCGUCCCCCCAUAGCUGGUACGGGGAAUCCCCAUCAGGGCGGGCUGGUGACUACCCCUAGCGGAAACUCGUACUAUAUCGCCUUCAUCGACUCAUACCCUGCCGGGCGCGUCCCAGUUCUCGCCCCUUUGACUUGGGGUUCGGACGGCUUCCCGGUCCUGCAACUGGUCAAUGGCGGUUGGGGAGCCUCUUACCCAGCUCCCAUGGCCCUUCACCCCCUUCCUUCCCUCUAUAGCACCGACUCUUUCUCCGGCACCAGUUUGAAACCCGAAUGGGAGUGGAACCACAACCCUGACACGUCUAAAUUCCGCGUCAACAAUGGUCUCUUCCUCGAUACAGUCACCGUAACCAACGACCUCUACGCCGCGCGAAAUACAUUGACGCAUCGUAUUCCCGGUCCGGAGUCUACGGCAACGAUAGCCAUCGAUGUUGGUAGCAUGAGAGACGGAGAUCGUGCCGGGCUCGCACUCUUCCGCGACGCUUCUGCUUGGAUCGGUGUCGCACGCACUGGUAGUAGCUAUGCUAUCUGGUUCGUCAACAACCUCACUAUGGACUCCGCAUGGAACACUGUUGGCAGAGGGACUACAGUCGCUACUGCCAGUGUCACGGGGGGAACAAUAUACCUCCGCAUUAAUGCGCGCGUUGCUUCGAGCAGUGAUCAUGUAGCUACGUUCUACUACAGUACCACCGGGUCGACCUUCACCUCUAUGGGGACGUUCACCAUGAUCACGGCAUGGCAAUACUUCAUGGGAUACAGAUUUGGACUCUUCAAUUAUGCCACGCUUGCGACCGGUGGUACCGUCAAGGUCAACUACUUCGAUAUCCAAGGGGGAAUACCCAGUUCCGUGCCUAUCAUCACGUCUUCGAGUUCGGCGCCAACAGCUACAGGGGGAAGCGGGACUGUGGUCCAGUACGGGCAAUGUGGAGGUAAUGGGUACACUGGCCCCACCGGUGAGUUCUGA